UAUAGUCACUCAUGGUGAUAUAAGAACAUAGUCAUAGACAAACAACGAGUCAUUUUGUUCUUGUCGAAAAUAUGGACUUUGGAGCCUACAUACUCUUCUUCGCAGUUUUAUCUGCAAUAACUUGCAACACAGAGGGUACUGUAUGUAAGACUGACUCAGAAUGCGGAAGCGGAGAAUGUUGUUAUAUCAAACCGGCCUUUGAGGUAGUCAGUAGAAGAAGGCAAGCCAGUAUUCUGCCUGUACAACCAACACAACAUCAUACAGGAGUUUGUGAAAGCUACCGUGUAGAACACGAGCACUGUGGACCACUAGAACAGGCGAACGGUCAUUGUGGAUGCGGUGCAGGCAUGUCAUGCCAGUUUGUACCAGCUGAAAUUGCGACAGUUAAACCGUUGCAAGUGGUCAGCAAGAAAAGGAAAAUCUACGUGCCCGGACCUGGAACGUUUCAGUGUGAAAAAACAUCGUAAAAUUAAUAACUAGAAAGUAUUGAAAUUUCAAAUAAAGAAAAAGUCUAAUUU